UGAUAGUUAUGAUAAUCCUUCGCCAGGGGAACCGCCAGGUGAGCAGAUAAAUAAAACCACUCCCGCGAGACGCACACAUGAACACAGACAUACACAGAGUUAACGUGUCGUAUCCGCAGAUCGUCGAGUAUCGAUCUAUACUCUCAUCAAAAGAGCUACUCGCCUUGUCAUCAAAAUAAACUUGUCUCAUCAGGGAGGAGCUCUUCAAAAAGCGACGAAAUACAAGUGAAGCGAAUCAUCAUUCCGCGUUUCUCAUAAUGAAGUCUUAAUUUAUGUCGAACUUUUUCCUAUUCUGAACGCAGAUUUACGUAAUCGUGAUGUGCAACCUGGUGUGUGUCUUGACGUUUCAUAGAAUACCAUCGAAAACUCGUUUUUCUCUGUGCGUGUGUGUGCGGAAGUGUGAAAACUGUUUUUGCGGCACGUAGUGAUCUAAUGCUUUGUAAAUUGAUACGUUUUUAUAAAAGUCAGUAAAAACGUAGAUCGACAGAGAAUAUACAUCAGAGAAUAUGGAGGAAAGCCUACUAAACGUCAUGUAUCUAGCGCAAGACAAUAUUACUGAAACAAAUGUAAACGUAUCAGUAAAUGUAUCAGAUGAAUCAAGUUUGUCGGAGGCAAACCUCAAAGGGAACAACAAUGUUGGAUCUUGGAUCGUGGAAGGCUUUAUCUUCAUUGCGAUCGUGCUGGGAAACGCUCUCACGAUAAUGGCCAUUGUGUGGUCGCGCAGACUUCGAAGCGUCAUGUCAAAUUAUUUCAUACUCAGUCUAGCAGCGUCGGACUUGCUGGUGGGCUUAACGUUACCGUAUCACCUGGCGUUUUACAUGACUGACACAUUACAUCACAAGAAAUUCUUCUGCAUCUUGCGCUUCGUGGUAGUCAACUUAGGAUGCACUGGGAGCGUAUACAGUCUCAUAGCAAUCGCAAUUGACCGAUACAUCGCAAUCGUGUAUCCACUGAGUUACAAUGUUUACGCGACGCACAGAUACGUCCUGUUAACUAUAGUCAUUACUUGGAUAUGCACGUUGAGUACGUCAUUGAUUCCGAUAUAUUGGAAUAACUUCGAAAGCUCGCGUAGAUGUAUAAUAGAUGAGGUAUUGCCAAGGUACUAUAUAUUAGCUAUCGAAUUGCCGUCGUUUAUUCUGUGCUGUACAGCGAUGGUUUUACUGUAUUGGAAAAUUUGGAAAGAGGCACGGAUGCACAGGCGUCGAAUGACUCGUAAUGUCGUUUCGAGCAUCGCUCAGACGAACACAAAAACCGAUCGCAAAAGUAAUCAGGUAGUAAUACUAAUACUGGGCUGCUUUUCGAUCAGCUGGCUACCCUUCUGCGUCAUAGCAAUCACGCGAAUCUUUUUCGUGAAAACGCCAUUGAUGAAUACAUUUUAUAGAUUCGCGCACGUGUUGGCAUUGGCUAACAGUGGAAUGAAUCCCAUCAUAUACGCGUGGAAGAACGCCAACUUCCGCAGAGCUUUUCAGAAAAUAUUGCAUUUUAAAUCGCCCAACAGCGACUUGAAUUCGAGUUUCAGAACAUACUUGGAAAAACAACACGAAUUAAAGAGACAGCAGACCAACGUGAGAAAAGAUAGCCACAUGAAUGAAAGCACUACUUCACAUUCGUUCGAUCAACAGUCUAAUCAAGCAGAAGAAAAUAAAACUGAAAACACAGCUUUAUAAGCGCAGUCGCGCUGCAAGUUAAAAGCUACUUGAUCUAAAAAAUUAGAAAUUAUUUUACUUUCUAAUUAACGUAACGAUAUCUUUCUCUGUAAAUACGAAAAAAUGUGAGGAUAUUACAAAAUUGUCAUGCAAAGUUAAAAUACGAAUGUUUUUCGCAUUAUCAUUUCGCAUUAUAAUAUAACUAACGUUUCAAACGCGACGCAUAUCUCAAUCAUGUAAGAUCAUCUUAAUAAUUGUUAGACUUUCCAUAAUCAAAAUGUCAAAAUGUGUAUUAUUAAAUGUACUAAGAAUAAUGUUAAGAGAAAAAAUAUUAAUAAUAACGAACUAUUUAUCUGAUCAAGA